AUGAGUACCUAUCGACGACAUUCAGGUACUUCGAAAAGCGAAUCGGAUGGUGAUGAUGAACCUUACCAGAUCCCACGUGCUCCUGCAGCUGCUGGUCAGUCUUCGUUCGGAUCGAAACGACGAGUGACAUUCAGUUCAUCAAAUAUCAUCGAUACAAGCACACCGACGAAAGCACGUCGACGGCGAAUCCGAACGAGUAGUCGAUCGAUCGAUGAUCGGAUUUCAUUUUGUGGACGAAAGACCAUCUAUACAGCGGGUCGUCCGGCAUGGUAUGAUCCAUCAGGUGAAAUCAAAGAAGCCUUUGUCAUUGGCAUUUGUGGUGGAAGCGCAAGCGGUAAAACGACUGUGGCACAAAGUAUUGUGGAGAAAUUAAACGUACCUUGGGUAACAUUGUUGAGUAUGGAUUCAUUUUAUAAAGUGUUGACUGAUGAACAACACAAACUAGCGGAAGAUAGUAAUUACGAUUUCGAUCAUCCAGAUGCUUUCGAUUUUGAUUUACUUCUGGAAACGUUGAAAAAUUUGAAAAUUGGCAAACAAGUGGAUAUUCCAUUGUACAACUUCACAACGCAUUCUCGAGAACCAUAUACAAAAAAACUCUAUGGUGCUAAUGUGGUUCUAUUCGAGGGUAUACUGGCGUUCUUUAGUAAAGAAAUUCGCGACCGUUUGGAUAUGCGAGUAUUCGUGGAUACUGAUGCAGAUAUUCGUCUGGCGCGAAGACUUGAACGGGAUAUUGUUGAACGCGGUAGAGCAAUUGAAGGUGUAAUACAACAAUACACACGUUUUGUUAAACCCUCCUAUGAUCAUUAUAUCGCACCAACGAUGACUUACGCAGAUCUUAUUGUUCCAAGAGGUGGCGAAAAUCAAAUAGCUAUUGAUUUAAUCGUCAAGCAUGUCAAUCGAGAGCUUCAUAAUCGUGGCGUUAAAGUUCGAAAUCAACUUUUUCAUCAGUCUGAACUAACGCAUGAUUCUCCCAUGCCGGAUACGUUUUAUCUCGUCGAUCAAACAGCACAACUCAAGUAUCUCCAUACAAUUAUUCGAAACAAAGAUACAGAUCGUGAUGAAUUCAUUUUCUAUUCGAAACGGCUGAUGCGGAUUUUAAUCGAAUAUGCCUUAUCCCUCCUACCAUUUGAGGAUGUAGCUGUGGAAACGCCUCAAAAUUUGAUAUACCGUGGGAAGAAACAUGUCUAUUCAAAUGUUUGCGGCGUAUCAAUCGUACGAGCGGGUGAAUGUCUAGAGCCUGCUCUCAGCGAAAUUUGUAAGGAUGCACAAAUUGGUAAAAUCUUAAUUCAAACGAAUCAACAUACAGGCGAACCGGAACUUCAUUAUCUUCGAUUACCUCGUGAUAUCGCUAAUGCUUAUGUUUUCAUUCUCGAUGCUACAAUCGCAACUGGCGCAGCAGCGUUAAUGGCCAUACGAGUGUUACUAGAUCACAACGUUCCCGAAGAGAAAAUCGCGCUGCUUUCACUAUUAGUAUCUAAACAAGGCGUGCAAACUGUUGCAUAUGCUUUUCCAAAAGUGAAGAUCGUUACGACAGCAUGCGAUACUGAACUGGAUCAGGAAACAGGCUUCAUUCGUCCUGGUUUGGGAAAUUUUGGUGAUCGAUAUUUUGGCACAGAUUUCACCGGUUAUUCAUCUGAUACAGAUGACACAACGAUGAGCACAUCUCAAAAUCUUAGCUUUCAACCAUGUACACCAGACUCGCCUCUAUUCAAUCCGAGAACAUUUACAAAUACUCACGAAUAA